AUGUCGAAGACACCCACAAUGCUCCCUGACGACCCCAACGCCUUAUCACAGGCGGCGACCGCACAGCAGUUGAACCGAUCUUGCGAAUCGUGUCGAGGACUCAAAGUCCGUUGUUUACCCGAUCCCUCGACGCCAAACCAGUGCCAGCGAUGCGCCAAAGCCAACAGGACCUGUGUCUUCGUGGCGCCCCAAAGACGGCGACCGCGCAAGCGGACAGAUUCUCGGGUGGCACAGCUGGAAAGAGAAAUGCGGCAGAUGCGCUCUCUACUGAAGGAUAGGUUACGGGUGGAUGAGAGCAGCGCAGAAAGCGUAGACAGCGAGGGGGAGGACUCAGGAGAACCCGACCUAGGACCAAAUUUUAACGAUCCCAUGUCCGCCGACACAGGUCCUCCGAGCAGCGCAUCGGGAUCGGCCAGGCCCAUGGAGUUGUCACCCAGCUUCCCAUCAACCUCCCCAUACCAAAGUACCACCUUCGACAAUUGUGCCGCGCCCGGUUCAGCUGCCAAUCCUGUCUCAACAAGCUACUCGCUUGAAAAAAUACUGGAGAGUGAUGUCGUGGAUCGGGGGCUGAUCUCGCUGGAGUAUGCCAACGAUUUAGUCGCCUUCUUUGUCACCGAGCUCACGGCGUUUGCUCCAAUCGUCGUAUUGCCGCCGGAUACAACCGCCUCCCAACUGCGUUGUUCGAAACCGGUGCUCUUUCUCUCUGUUAUUGCCGCAGCUGCGGUCUCCCUGGAUGCCAACCUAGCCGCCGUACUCAACCGCGAGCUGAUCCGAGUUUAUGCAGAACGCUUCUUUAUCGGCGGAGAAAAGUCCUUGGAGUUAGUCCAAGCCUUGUUGAUCAUGAUUGUCUUCUAUUUCCCGCCCGAUUCGCCUCUGAAAUUGCAAUUUUAUCAAUACACCCAUAUAGCUGCCACCAUGGCUCUGGAGAUCGGCUUGGCUUCAAAAUGCCGAGUAUCCCCAAACUCCAACCGCAGGACGAACAGAAAAGCGGCAUAUGAUGAGUCAAUGGCGGAACAAGCGAGGGCAAUCUUGAUCUGUUAUCAUCUGACGUCCAUUGUUGCGAUGAAAACGCGCCGACCCAAUUUGCUUCUUUAUAACGACUGGAUGAGCGAGUGCGUGAAGCACUUGGAACGCUCACCAAAUGCAGUCGACAGACACUUGGCCACCUGUUUCGAGGUCCAAAGGAUAGUUGAUGAAGCGAUGACUUCCUUUGGGCUCGACGACACCAGCUCAACCGCUCCGCUCACAGAGUCACGACUCCAAGCCAUCCUGAGGUGGUUCGACAACCGGAUGCAGUCGUGGAAAAAGGACCUAUCCAUGGACAUGCACACAGUUCCUAUGAACUUCGAGUACCAUUAUACCAACCUUGCUAUCUAUGAGCUUGCUAUCGGCGAGGGCUACCGAGAUCCGGAUGCAAUCAAGCAACAGUACUAUACUCUCCCAUCGCCAGAUAGCGGUGACACAUUAGCCAGCACGCCGGUCAGUGCGGUGCGCGUAGACUUCACCAUCAAGUGGAUGAACGCAGCCCACGAGAUGCUCGACUUUUUCCUUGAGUGUGACACGGAGAUGUUGCGAAAGAUCCCUAAUCUAAUCUACACCCGGGUAGGAGUGGCAGUCAUGUCUCUGCUGAAAAUUUAUUACUCCGUUCGAACCGGUGCGCUGGGAGAGUUUGUGACUGCUGAGACUGUAAAUGUCGACAAAUAUUUGGACGCAAUGAGCAAACGGCUGGCAGAGGCAAGCGGUGGCCAGAAGUACAAAAUCCCCAGUCGAUGGUAUUUGGUGGUCGCCAUUAAAGCCCGAAGUUGGUAUGACCGCUUUCAGCAGCAACAGAUGCAGAGAAACCCCGGGCUCAUUUCUCAAAUGACCGCCGUCACACAGGUAUCUCCGAGCCAUAUCCCUGCACAGCAUCAGAACCCGCUGCCAUUUGACCCAUCCCAGCCACAUGCGUCGCUAGGAAUGAAAGCUGAGUUCUCGCCCAUGGUCCCUUUCAAUACCAUGGGAACGAGUUAUGGUGUAUCACCAGCGACGGAUCGGAUGUGGCCAUCCGACCAGAGUGGAUUCCACAACAUGGUCAACAUGAACCAAUUCGCCGGCUACCAGCCUUCCAUGAUGCCUUCUCCUCAGUAUGGCUAUGAUGUCCAGCAGCAGAGGACGCCUCCAGGGGGCAGUCCGCAGGGCAAUCCAUCAUUUGCGAAAAUGAGCAUGGAGCUUGAUGAAUGGAUUCCGGAUGGUAGUAUUUUCGCGAUGCCCAGCUUGCCUGGGUUUUAG